AUGCAGCUGGAACGGUUAUCACAUCCCGCACUGGCCGCAGCCCCCGAGGAUGACUGGAGCGGAGUGAGCAGUCGAGUUAUACGGCGCCGAGUGCAGAAUCGCCUCAAUCAGAGGGCCUAUCGAGCACGUCAACGGAAAGCUGGCGUUCUAUCGGGUGCCGCAAACAGUAUCCACAACCCAUCAUCCCCGAGCUCUCCACAUCCUCAAAGCCCACUUCCCCCUUCGGGUACAAUUACAUGUAGACUAUCCAAGGCCGAGCAUGUCCGAUGCACAUUUGCCCCUCCAGAUGUUCACGAGCUGAUGGCCGACUUUGAAACCGGGGCUUUGCAUCGCUACCUGGGCGGAUCCCCACAGACCGACAUGCUUCUGAAUCUAAGCAGAAUGAACGUGCUCCGGGCAGCCUACCAGAAUGCCCUUGCUUUAGGCAUGACUGCUGAGUGGCUGUGUCUCGAUGAUACUAUUUCCAUUUUCUCGCUCGAUGGCCCCCAUGUCGUCCCGAAGGAUCAUGUCGGCAUUCCCUACAGCCUGCGCCCAACAGCCCUACAGCGUGCGACUCCACAUCAUCCAUGGCUUGAUGUCUUCCCGUUCCCUAGCAUGAGAGAUAAUCUCAUCCGAGCAGGCGAUGAUCUUGAUGACGAUGAGCUCUGCCACGAUUUAACGGCUUUCUGGGAUACGCGUAGCAGUAAUGCUACGCUCCUCGUGUGGGGAACACCCUGGGAUCCGGGGAACUGGGAGGUUACAGAAGAUUUUGCUAAGAAGUGGGAGGUAUUUCUUCGAGGGUGUCCGGAAAUUCUGCGUUCAACGAACAGUUGGAGGGCUAGGAGAGGAGAGAAGCCUUUGAUAUGGGAACGCAUCUUUACUUUCGUCGAUACAUGA